AUGUUUGACUCAAGGCAAAGUAAUUUGCGGCUGUCGAGUUCGCUCGCUUUUUUGCUCCUCAUUUCCUCUGUUGCUGGUGGCGGCGUGGCACCGGGAUUUAAAAUACAAGGUUUGUGUGUACAUUAUAGAGAUUUUAGUGUUCAAAACCGCAGGAGAGCAAAUUUAGAGCCACUGACUGCGACAUUAUCUACUCCUAGGGAGCCUGGCUUCGUGCACUGUUGAGAACGCAGUCAUUGAGCUACCAAUUUUGGCGGGAAAUCCAUGUUUUGUGUGCCGAUGCAAGGUUAGUGGAAGCCCUGAGUUUUUCUUUUUAAAGAAUUUAUAACCAGUUCGUGACAUCAUUGUUCAGAGUGUUUCGAUAAGAACUGCCUACAGUGACAACCUUGGCAGGAAACACAAACGCGUCUAUAAAAAGGCGAGCGAAGUUUUUAUAGGAUUAGGAAAUGGUCAAAAUUGCUGUUCAAAUUUCAACGUAAACAUUCGGUGGGAGGAAGGCAAAGACACUUAUUUACUUUUCAGAUGGAGGAAAAAUUAUCACUGAUAGCUGAUGGAGCUGAUGAUGGCUCAUUCCGUCUAGUCCUAGUAAAAUCAUUGGCUACAGACGCGUGCAAAUAUUUGGAAUAUGUCCAUAGAACGUACCAUCACUUGUCCAAUUUGUCUACCACCGUGCACACUAAUUGAACAUAAGUGAAGUAACACUCGCACGCGGUUUAGUUUUUGUGCAUAUGCUUUAUUUAGAUAAAUCAGCAAGCUAAAUAAAGAACAGGGCUCGCGUAUCUAAACAGAAAAUUCGACAGCUUGGGAUAGUUUGUAAGUGGGAGAGAUAAUAAAGAAAAAAAGUAACUAAGAGAGUCGAGAACUGAUCAACUCGUGUUCAUCUUAUCGGGAAGGGGUCGAGAUUGAAAUCAUCAUAAGCUCGUCAACAACAAUUUACUCUUGAACUGUUUCGUGGUUGAAUAGCUUCCCUUGUUAUUUGAAGUAAAUUGCUUUCCGUUUGCUAUGCGAAAAACGUCAACUUCACAAAAGUACACUUUAGCCUGUCCGUUAAAUGACAAUAGGCAAAGAGUAGAAUCAUUAACGCACUUGAGAAUCACUCAGGCUACUACUAAUGGCACAACAAACAACAAGUGCUUUUUCCACUUUUGAUUCAGCUGGUUCGUGUUCAAAUAUAUUACCGAGGAAUACGGAAUUUGUUUCUACAAAGACGAAGACACGAUGCGAUAAGCGGGCAAACACAAAGUCACGUAUACUUAAGGCGAUAUUGCAUGCCUUCCUUGGGUUGGGGUUAAAAUAAAAGGUUAUAAGUUCUCAUCUGUAUUUCUUCCUCUGUAUCACAUGUGUUCUCGCUAGCGGUCAACUUUUUCCUCUUUCGCAAUGAUUAAGUCAAGCGGACAAAUUUCUUCCUAGGUUAGGAAUUCCUAAUAUAGACAUAACUGAAUGAUUUCGAGUAGAUGGAUUUUCUAGUGGUGGGCAUAAAUUUUCUGAACAGCCUCGCCCGUUCUUCUAAUCUGUCACUAUUUGAACACAAAUUUCUUACCUUCGUGAGCAGAAUGAGUAUCUUGUAGCAGUUUUGAACUGAAAAAAAUCAGUCGCAAUAGUUCCUUAGACUAUUAAUCCGAAAAAUGUGCUUUGAGUUUCAUUCUCACCUCAACACGUUGUGAUUGACGAAUUACGAAAUACAUGCCUGAAUAUAAUUAGGAGAUUUGGGUGAAAAAAUUAUUUCAGUUGUUACUCUUGCCGUACGAACACAUUUCGAGGUUGCGUCUCAACUACGAGAAUGCCUCCAAAACGAAGGGAGAAUUCCAUUCAAUACGAAAGCGAGAGGUUGGGUGUUUUCGUACUAAAGGGUUCAGUUAUUUGAAGAAUGCGAAACUUCAGCUAUAAAAAGUGAAAUUGAAAGACAUGGCUGAUAAAACAAUCAAUCUGAUAAAUAACUGACACUAGAAGCCUAAAACGAACAUAGCAGACACGUUUGAUGGCUAAAUUACUCCAAACCGCGACUUUAAAAAUCAGUUUUAGCACGAAGGUAACUGUAGUCUUUCACAAAUCAGUCGAAAAUCCCCUGAUGAAAUGAUGGACAUAAAAGCCGGUUUCAGUUCUCCUUCUUUCCCAUCCUGAGUUUCCAAUACCUUUUUAAUCAUUUUAGCCUUUUUUUAAUUACCUACACGUAGCUUCAGUCGUUGCUCCAGACAGAAAAAUAAAUUAACUGUACUUCACCUGAAGAGAACACGAUAUAAUUUAAUUUUGACAGUGUAAUUCAUAACUGAGUUGCUUUCAUCCAUCUUUUCAUUCAAGUCAAAAGUGAUUGAUUGGCACAUUUCCGAAGGGUUACUCUGGGAAUGAUUGGCAAUUUUUAACGUCGUCUGUUUCUCGUUUCUUCUUUAAGAUACAACGAGAAAUCACAUGCAAGAUAGUUAUCACACCCUUUCCUUCCUAAGAUUUGACAUUCUGAUAUCCUUUCGUGUAUUUUGAGUCACAAGUCACUGGUAUUUGUUAUGUUCUCCUCUUUAUUAACGUCAGCGGCAACAAGAUUAGAAACAUUUGCAUUGAUAAGAUGAUAAGUUUUCUCAGUGCUGUAUCUUUUAUCAGUCUACGACUCAAUAACAGGCUUUGGCAUGCUAAUACAAAAAUCCAAUUUAACCUCCCAUGUUAUUGCUUAAGAUAAUUUGCAUAACUAAAAUUGUAUCAAAUAUUUGCUUCUCAUGAAAUCGCACGCAGAAAUAUCCAAAAACACGUGGAUUUAUCCCAAAGAAGCGAGUUGUGUGCCGAUCUCACCUAACUGUCAACUAUAACACGAAAAAAGUGUUCAAUUUCUUUCAUUAUUUCCAUCUUUUUGCCUUAAAACGGAUUCCCAAGAUGUUUUUUAAUAAAAAGAGAAGGAAUCUGACCCAGAAACAUUCACACAAGAUAAAAACAGUGUUUGUUUAACCAAGUGACUUUUCGUGCAAUUCUUACGUCAAAGAAUCUUCCACACCUCAUCGUGGCCACGGAGACGGAAAGUGAAAAGGGUUUUGAACCCAAAUACGGAAAAUAUCUGUGUAUCAAUAAAAAAAAAUGUUAUGGUAACACAGAUUGCAACGGAAAAAGAAACAAAUCUUUUUGAACACCGCAGAUAAAAAUCGUGAUCCGUCGAAGUUAACUUUCAUGUGGUUUGAUGUCACUCAUCACAUCAAAGAGGUACCCACAAACAAAGAAAGAAAAUCUCAUCCGGUCUUCCUUUAAAAGAACGUCGUGUUAACGUAGUCAGGUUCUUUCUCAAGCAUUCGUUUAUUUUUCCCGUUAUCUUAUGAGUAACCUUCCAAGCGUUUUAAACCUGUGGAAUUUGUCCCCUAGAGACUUUUAUUAACCCUAAGUUAUCACUGUAACAUAAAAUAAAAGCCCAAAUUAUGGGUUCUGCCAUGACGGUUUCUGCGAUGGAAGAAUUUAACGAUUGUUGGCAAAAAUUAAAAUUGAAAUCAUUAAAAAACCUUCAACUUAGAAAUAUCAUGUUGAAUGCAGUUUAGUCAUCCAAUAUGACGAAAUGAGGAAUCAUUACUUUAACACGCUUAGAUCCUUUAAUUUUGGUCGAAUUACCUCGGUUUAAAAUAGCCAGUGAAUUAAAAAAAAAGCCAUCAGAAAAUUAGCUUAUAUUUCCCACGAGAAAAUAAAUGGGAAAAAUUUUAUCCUUCUAUCUUAAAGUAAUCCGUGUAAGAGACUACAAAAAAUGAAGUAAUCAAAUUAUGUAACACUAUGUGGUACCGUUUAUUGACUUGCAUUAAGAAUCUAUCGUGCACAGCAUGACAGUAUAAGUCAAGUGCUUCGAUGUGGCGCUUUUUCCUCCCUUGCAAGGGAUCGUCAUAAGCCCCACUGGGUCGCCCUUAAUAGUUCAAAGUACUGCAGAGAGGUUUUGAUACGUAAAGACAAGCUCAGAAUAUCUUACUAUUUAAGUGCUUGGCUAUGUUGCUGUUUUGUACACGUUUGUUAUUUUUUCAUCAGUCGAUGACACUUUUCCAGUAUAAAGGGAGAUUUUUGAAAAUGGAAGUUCUUUAAACGUUGACUCGGAUGGCUUAUAGGUGCGGCCUGUAGUUCAUAAUUCAUCAAGCGUGAGGACGCUAUGAUUGAAUAUUAUUUUCCAGAGUUGGUCUCUCUUCGUUACGUUCGAUAGACACUAAAACCGUUAUCUAUCCAAGUACUUCGAUUACUUCACCACUAAAAACCGUUCGUUUCAUUGUAGGAAAUUGCAAUGUCUAAGUUCGAUGGCAUACAACCCAAAUUAGACCUGUAGAAGUAGCAGAAGAAGAAGUACAAAAUGAUUUAGACUAAAACGUAUCAAAUCUUCGUGCCGUGUCAGUAAGGUAGCUCUUCCGUUUCAAAACGCUGAUAUUUUAUCUUGAGAAUGAUUACUAGUGCUUAUAAGGACUACAUAGUAAGCCCCCUUGUGACUACAAUUAACAGCAAGGAUAUCGCAAGAGACUUCAAAUUAUUUGGAUCAUUACAUGCCUGUGGUUUACUUAUUAUGAUGGUGGUAUGAGAGUUUAAGCCGAGGAGAAAAACAGCUGAUGGGUCAAUAGCAUUUACGCAAAAGACGUUUCCUUUAAGGGGAGCCUUUCUUUUAGCCUGUCUGUAAACAUGAAACAAGAUACGGGUGUGUAUAACCUCUUAUGCCGCUGCAGAGUGGCAUCAGCAAUCCCACUAUCGUUGAAAAACAAGCAACUAAUCGCUAUAAUCUUGGCACUUGUUCACUUUGUUGGGGGCCUUUUCUCUGUUUUGAUGUGUCACGUAUUAUCAUCAAUUCUGUGAGACAUAUCGAUAUUGCCCCAAGGGUGGUAUUAAAAUUCAGACAAAAUAACAUUAAGUACUUCAAUUUAUUUACCUCGAAUUCCGUGCUGCACGCAUUAUUCACAUAACUUAACAAGUACGUUGUAGUGCUCAGGAAAUCCAGUCAAGAUCAUUUGCCAAUUGUCAUUGCUUAAUACCUUGCGGGAAAUGUUUUUCAGGAAACAAUUAUAUUUGUUGAUCAGAAAGAUAUUUCGAUUCACAAAUACAAAAAAGGAAAGAUAGAUAAGAUCUCUGAGCUAAAGACCACAACCUCCUUGGAAUCUCUUUCUCUAUCAAGUUCUCCAAAAAGAAACCGUUGCAGCAAUAAGUCAGACAGAUAAUAAAGGAAGUAGAAAAUAUUUCUCCAUCGGUUAAGAGGGAGUCAGACCCCAACUGACUGCGAUCCUUGACAGUAUAAACUGAUUAAUUGUGCCACCGGCGCCCUUCAUUCUCAGAUGAAGUGAGAUGCCAAUUCAGACUUGAUAUAUUUGAAAAUAUUCAACAGUUGUUUAGUCUCCCAUUUCUGAUCUGAACGAACUGAAACCCAAGAUCCUUAGGCUAACAAACAUCUACCACAUUAAACAGGUAAAAACCGAGAUUUGGCAAACAACCAUUAAAUAAGUGUCACAAGACAACUCUGUAGGUUAUAUUGCCCUCUUAUUUUAGUCAGCUAUCAUGCCUUUCUCCCAAUCCUUCCCUUCCCCCCGCCCCUCGGGAAAAGACAUAUCAAAAUAGCUUUGUCAGUAUAUUAAGAGUCAACUUGUAGAAAACAUUCAAACCAUUCCUCUAGUAAUGGAAAGAAACUUAAGGAAGUGGAUUCUGACGGCCGUUUGACGAACAUUUAACACCCAUGGAGAAAUCAAUAUAGAAAUUCUAGGCGUGAAUCGAGAAGUUAAUAAGGAACAACUAAGCUUCGACCAAUUAUAGAUCAGUUAUCAAUUCCUCCGCAACAUCUCCGCUGCAUUUACAUCAAUGUUUCUUUCUUCUACAGCAGCCGACGUAAUAUUGAAUCACAAACCUUCAAGCUACCUUAAAUUGCGAUCGCUGAAGCGAUUGUCAUAGCCUCGGGCAUUAAGUUGGUUAAGCAGCAGCCCCCCUCUCCCCCCCCCCAAAAAAAAAGAAAAAAAGACCCUUAUUUUUACAAUAACCAAGAAUUGAUAUUGGCUGAAGUUGUGAAAAUCAACGUACAUCACCGUCAUGGUAAGGUACUGGUCAAAUAUUUCCCAAACGAUCUGAUGAUUACAUUUCCAUUUUGGUUUCAUUUGAACAGCUAGUCAGAGGUGAAAAAUUCAGCAAUGUCUUCCUGUAUUGAUCUUUUGUUCCUCAGUGCAAUGCGUAUGCGUCCUUGCACCUUUUUAAAAAUGAAUUUUUUUCACAGCUUCACACAUGUAUGGACUGGCCAAUUGAUUUUCGUCCGGAAAUACUUGUAGAUAAUAUUGGCAGUGUUGUGAAGCAGCUAACGACUAGCAUGCAAAUCUUGGUUUGGAGAGAAUUAGCAACCGUGACAAAUGCCAUGGGAGCGUUCUUGACAUUGACAUUUCUAGAAACUCAGGCACUUUCGACAAGGAUGAUAUCACAUUAGACUUUCCACUCAUUUUUAACUUUCUCACUAGUGCUUAAAUUAUUACGAAUAGUUUACUGCGAGAUACAAGUCAAGGAGAACAAGUGCACAAUUUAUAAUUUGAGUCGUGUAAUUUCAGCACGUGUAAAUCUAUUAUAGCACCGCCUCAAGGGAAAUUUUCACGAUAUUUUUUAUUUGUUCUCUUCUAUGGGCAAACUGAUCCUUAACGCUAUGGAAACCAAUAAAAAAAUAUUUUGUAAGACAAAAAAAGCAGCAGAGUUGAAUUAGUGACUAGAAAACGAGCUAGGAUCGCUAGGGGUGCAGAAGAUUGACAUGGAUUAAACAGCCGAUUCAAAAAAUUCAAGCCAGAUUUUCAGGAUCCAUAAACAGCUACACAGCUGCUGUAAUUUCAAUGUCAUUUUCGACAACCUGAUGCUACUCUAUACUCUCGUGUGAAUCAGUUUCUUCCUUUUUCUUUUCACUCUUGUAAAAUGAUGGGCGACAUUUAAAAGCAAUGUGAGCAGCCGCAUAACCGAUUCAGUAACCAUCAUCCUUUAUCUUUGACAGAUAAUCUUAGCUAACAUUCUAAUGAUGCCACAAAAAUUGGUAAGGAUUUCUUAUUUAUGGCAUCAUUCAUGUCGUUUCAAUUCUUAUCUUGACCAAACGAUCCAGCUUUAAUUGGUUUUGUUGAAUAAGCGUGCCAUAAACGAGAUUACAAAGGGCAUAUAUUUAAAACGUAAAGGGUGGCGUGCUGUGCUAACGAUCCUAGGACACGAGAACUCAAACUUCUCUCCCUUCCCGACUUUCGCAUCUUAAGUAAGGAAAGGUACUUCUGGAGAGUAAAGUCUUAUAUAUUGUGGCUGUUGCUUCUGACAAAAAAAAAAACAGAUGUUAUUUGACGUUUUUGCAAAGCGAAAAACAAAUGACUCCAAAGAAAACUUUUAUUAAUGAUGAACAGCAAAGGGUCAACCCAAACAGAACAAGAGUAGGUAAACAGAAGUUUAUGCUAGGUUGCAAUCUGACAAGAUUGAUAAAUUAAGCUUUCUUAAGGCUUAAGCGGUGUCUGGAUAAGACUGGGUAACAAACUCAAAACAGUCUUGGUUCAAAACUUAACUCUUUGCCAUAGAGAUUAUUGAACGGUGUGAGCUUAUAAUCAACGCAAGAUCCACGGUGAAAUAUAUAACGACAUUCAGAUGUUGUGAAAAAGUACUAUGUAGUUCAUCUAGCGGUCCCUUAGUGAUACUUAUAUCCUAGAUCUCAGAAUAUAACACUUAUCCCGGAAACAAGAAGAUCUGGUAUACAUCAAGGAUAUCUAAAAGUAUAUGAGGGUAUUAUGUGAGCGAUCUUUUCAAACAUUUUUCAUCUUUUUUAGAACAAAUCUGUGGAAUGUUCGCGCGAGGUCUGUCCAAGGACGAACGCAUGCAAGGGAACUCUGAAGAGAGAGAAAGGCAAAUGCUGUCCCGUUUGCAAUGAAAACCAAGGUAAUAAUUCUCCGCGUAAGAAAUAAAGAACUUUCGUCACUUUGGGUGUUCAUGUUGAUCAUUAGCAGAAAAUUUCAACACAGCAUCUGCAAGGAAUCUGUGCGCCUCUGUCUCACCGCUAAUCAGAUACAGACUUAGGACAAAAAGAAAAGAAAGAAUUGUACACUAAGAUAGUCAGGCCACCAUGAAGAUGUCAAGAUAAAGAAAAAUUUCGAGAAGACAUCGUUAAUUGUUUCCAUAAAUUUUCAUUUAAGUGCUCUUAGUUCGAAAGUGCUCUAGAGCCCACGGAGUAGAAAAGCAAGACAAGGUGAUGUGCUUUAAAUGAAUCUAACCGGGCAGUAAUAAAAUUUUAAUUUUGCAGCGGAAACUCAAUGAUCAAUGCGCCCUGUCAGAAAAGGAGAAUACGUGGAGUUCUAAACCUGGAUUAUUAAAUUUGAAAUUAUAGUCCAUAAGAAAAUAUUUGUUUUCAACAAAUCUUUGUUAAGAAAACACUAAGAAAAAAGCUUGAGACAUGCGAACCACUUUGGACAGCUCCUUCUCCAAGUCCUUAUUUUCACGAUUCAGUUUUCGUUCAUGGUGUUUUCCUUUUCAAGGUUUUGUUUAUCCAUUUACUUAUUCAUUUUUGUUGGGUCUUCCUCUGCGGCACUAAAGGAUAUAAAAGAAGAGCCGCUUUCGAUAACCUCGACCGAGGUCUUUACAGGUCUUCUUUCACUUGCGACACAGUUCACUUCGUUUCCAGCAAAUUCUUUGAACUCUAGCAUCCAUGCAACUUAUAAAUAUAUAUAUAUAUAUAUAUAUAUAUAACUAACUGCAGACAGUACUGUUUCGGCCUUCUGGGCCUCAUCAGUGCAGUGCUGAUGCUAGGAUGGAGGUGAGGCCAUAUAGCCACCCCAAGUGAUCUCACACAUGUGGGAUCAUCUAAGCCAUGCCAAAUAUAUAUAUAUAUAUAUAUAUAUAUAUUUUUUUUUUUUUUUUAAUGAAUCUUUUGAUUGGAAAGGCCUGAAAAUUUGCUCCUAAAAAACCUUUGUUCUAACCCACUUUCGAGAAAGUUUCGCAAAUUAAAGUUACAUUUGAACCUAAAUAACCCUCGCGUUUGACCGGACUUUGGAAUGAACUGCUCAAUUCAAACAUUUGAUUGUUUAUUCUAAAUCAUGGUUAAAUAGGCGUUUGUUUGUCAGUAUUUAGCCCGAACAAAUAUUUGUUUAGAUAUUCAAUCAGCGCGGCUGUCCAAUUGAAAUCGUAUCAUAAAACCCGCUUUGCAAGCUCUCUUUAAGCGUAAACAGAAGAAAAAUCAAAUAUGUCUCCUUUAAUCUAAAACACCUACUUGGCAAUUCCGAUCCUCUUGAAAUGAAACCAUAAUAGCCUUUUGUUAAAACAAAUCAUUUCUUGUGCCGACAUGGGGUCGGCUAGAGCGAUUAAAUGUGCUUGCGGAGAGGUGUUUGAUCCUACCGCCCAUGGCGACAAGUCGACUGUAGAGUCGUUCUAAGUAUCUCGUCUGUAUCCGUUAAUUAGACACAUUACUUCAUCUUACAGCUUAUUUAAGGAAAUUAAAUUUUUGGUCAGUUAAGACUUUAUCUCAGUUUAUUUUCAACUACCUGAGAACAAAGCCCUCAAAGCUCAUCGUAACCUACGCAUUCCAAACAGCUUUUUUUUUUUAGCUUGCAAUAAAUUCUGUUUGAAAUUAAAUUCGCAGCUCGAUUUAAUCUGCUAAUUAAAUUAUUGAACAAACAAUUACGGCCAAGUAGCCUCAAGCUGUAAUAUCGAUAUAAUUGACCGCACAAAUAAACAUUUCACUUACCAGUUUUGAUUACUCAACUUAAUUCAGUGUCUCCUGACAAAUUUAGGGCACAUAUAUAUGUUACUAUCUCUUUUGAAUAAUUAAUUAAAUUCUCUUUCUGUUAUUAUGUUUUCAAAGAGGUAAAUAGUUAGCUAAAGCCUAGAGUUUAGAUCCCCUCUGGCUCAUCUCUGUUUCGCAUUAAAAGAAGAUUACAGGAAAUUUGUUGCCAUCUACCGCAGAAUUUGUAUCUCAUUUCCUGACAGGAUAUUUCAUGGCUCAAACAGUGCCCGAGGGAGGAUAAAUACAGAUAAAUACUACAAUACUCUCAGAUUAAAGGUUGAACUCAGGCGCCUCUUGGUCUCCGCCGUUUGUGUGAUCAUGAUUUACAAAUGCAUCCAUGUUGAUGUACAAACGGGCUGAAAAAAUGAGAUGAUGACACCAUCCAUCAUUCAAUUAUUGCACCUUUCAUUUAGUUUGACUUUCGAAAGUAAUUAUCUUUGCAGAAAAGUGACAUAUGCGAUGUUAUGCUCCAAAGCGUGUCUCUCCAAAUCAUGCUAAGUCUUAAAGAUGUCUUCUUAUCCUUUUGCAAACAAGAAGAAUUAUAAAUAACAAAAGCAAAUUUCAUUAUUCCACUUCAUGGCUGAUCCAGAGAUGUUUGAGAGCCCCCUAGAAAACACGGAAAUUCUGUUUUACACCAUUGGCCCUAUGGGCAAAAUAAGCUUAGAAACAUUUCAAGACAACUAAAUUUUAAACACUUCAUAUUAAGUUGCUGCAUGCGAUCCUGACAUAGCGACGAUUCACUGCUCCUGAGGAGUGCCUCACGAAUUGUUAUUGUGUCCAAAUUUUGAAACGGCGGACGCUUGUUCCAUUAGAACUUCGCCGCAUUCAUUUAAUAUACGGAAGCUUCAUCCCACAAAGCAAUGGAGAACUUUGUUUCUCUCCUUUUUUUGAAGAAGGAUAAUGAGCCGUGCAUUUAUCCUUGAGAACGAAUAAACGGCUUUGGGUUUAAAUAGCGCAGAUAAAGGGCUAACGUGGCGUCACAUUUAACGGAAAAACACAGAAUCCGGUGCACAUCCGAAACAUGUUCUUUCCGAGCUGACACAAGUAUUUAUAACCAGCGGUAUGGAAACAACUGGAAAGCCUUGCUAAGCAGAUAUCCUUUGUUCUAGUAUUACUCAAAAUAAAAUGCACAGAAAAGUGAUUUUCAUUAGCCUAAACGGAUUUCUAAUUCCUGGUUGACUUUAACUUAAAGGAUUCGUGGUCGCAAGCUGAAAUAAUAUAUGGAACAUCUAAUUAUACUCUGAUGAUUUCUGCCUAACAUUUAGAUACCUAGAAAAAAUAGUAAGUGAACCUUUAUCCUGUUGUAUUCAGAAAAUAUAUUGAAAACCGAUUACCCAAGAUGCUCUCUUAAAACCGACUUCCCAUUAACAGAUCAUCUCUAUCGGCAUGGCCUAGAGGCCGAUUGUUCUUUAUAAGAAUUGUUUUCAGGACGAGAUGAAAUGUAAAAUAUGGUAAAUCUAUUAAAACGCUUAAUGUAAACAUGAAUUCCUUUGUUAGAACGAAUAUACUCUUUUCGGAAAUGGAACGCCUUGGUUUGUGUUUCACAUCCAAGUAUCUGGCAAAUUGACAUUUAAGCAGUUUAACACUUAGCCCUUCUUCCACAUAAAAACCUUGCGUGACAUCCAUGACUGUUCGAUUUGUGUAUGUACCACCACCUACCUAGAGUAAGAGAUUUCGAAGCUUCGUUGUUUUAGGUGCUUGUGAUGACCAUUGUAAUGCAAAAAGUCUAAGUGUUUGACUCAUAAGAACACAUCUACCAACCCUACCACGAUCAUGCUAUCUAAGAAGGCGAUUCGCAAAGAAACAAGGGAGAACUAGCAGAACUAAAACAAAAUAACAUUAGUAAACUUGUGCCUUCUUUUUCCUUUGUUAGGACCGGCUUCGUGUACACAUCAAGGGAGAACUUAUAAGGUACCACUAAUUUUAAUCAAGUCAAUGAAUAACGUUGAUCCCAAGAUUUCAUGACUAAUUUUCCUUACUGUCUGCCAUGCAAUUUAUAUGAUGUUAGUUUGGAACUGGAUCAACCAAUAAUCCCCCAAUUGAUAUUAUUCUUUAUUCUCAUUACUUGUCUCCUUGAUAUUGUACUGAUAGUGUAAGGAGAAAUUCUGUCUAAGUCACUGGUGGGACUUAAAGGGUUAAAGUCACAAAAACAAACAUUUUUCCUUAUCUAAAGAAACGCAAUGCAUGACCAAUGGAUGAAUAACAUGCAGUCUUGUUGUCCCCAUCCCACUAAACAACUUAUUCGUUCAUAUUUUGACCCUUACUGUAUUCAAAAGUAAUAAAUAAAUCUCACUCCAAAAAUCUCCGAUUUGGUGCGGAACAAACAUCUAGUUUGGACUCCUAAAACUAUUUUAAUCAUGGCAAGUUUCUCUUUCAUAGUUCACUUCCGUUAAAAUUAAGGUACAUAACUGCGCUCGGAAAGAAUUAUCAUAACCCAAACAUGGCCAACAAGCAAGUACAAGAAAAUGAGUGAGACUGACCAUGCAAGCCAAUAAUUGUACGCAAAUUCGUAGCAUUAGUAAUUAAACUGAAAAAGCGUUUUUUCUUUGUAUGAAUAAACAGCACAACGAUUCUUGGUUUGCAAAGGAAUGCAAAAUCUGCUUUUGCACAAAUGGAACUGUCUCAUGCCAGCUUCAAAAAUGCAGCCCAAAAAAUUCACUUAGAUGCCCGGAGGUAGGUACUGUUCUUAAAAAAGGAAAGUCCAUUGUCAUCAGCUAUGUUCCAUUUUUUCCUCAAAUGUAAUGUUUGACCAGCUUUUACUAGUUUGCGUUUUCGUGGGCAAAUAUACAACAAAACACACACUGAGUAUUUUCAUUUCCUGGCAUGAGAUCAUUUUAUGAAUGCCUUUCUCUGUUAAAAGAGGGGGUGUUUCUCAGGAGUAAUAGAGUCUCCUGUGGCCUAAAACAAGUACUAAUUUAAAACGAUGAAGCAGCCAAAUAUGCCCUUGAAUUCUACAAAAUGCCUGUGUACGACCCCCCCCCCCCAAAACAAUACCAAUGCAGGCUCUUAAAUUGCCAUGUUAAUAGAAUACUGAUAUGCUUGCUGAGGAAAGAGAGCUUCAAAAAUCAUGAAAAUGCUUCUGUCCACUCUCUUAUUUACUUUUAAUUGAUUUGUCUAUUUGUUUAUUUUUUUUCUUAAGGGCAAGGCACCAGGUCUGGUUCCAGGGGCUUGCUGCCUUCAAUGUGUAGAGAGUGAGUAAUGGUGGAGUUUUUUAUUGUGGUGAAUUAAUGGCUGUAAAUGUAUGAAAAUCAUAUAUAUGAGCUGUGGAUAAAGACGUGAAUAUGAAAGCGAUCUUCAAAGUAAUGAACUCUACUCAGGCAGAAGUGAAAAUAAGGCCUAAAAAUUUUAUUCACCACUUCAUGGGUUUAUUUGGAACUAACAUAUGGACCAGCUCCCAGUUGGCUUGUUAGCUCAGUUGGUAGAGCACUGAACUGGUAUUGCAGAGGUCAUGGGUUCAAAUCCUGUACAAGCCUGAAUUUUUUCAGGCGUUAUUUUCACUACUACUUAAGUAGUGUUCAUUACUGUGAAGAUCGCAUCCAUAUUCAUUACUUUAUCCCCAGUUCAUUUAUAUGAUUUUCAUAUAUUUACAGUCAUUUAUAAAGCAAAUUAUUGAUACAGCAACUAUUUACACUGCAAAGGGUUUGAACAUGGCAGUAACAUGUGACUGUGUAGUUUAAUACUCUGGCUGAGAGUAGUCCUGAGGAGCACUGUUGUCAGUAGUAGCAGUGACCGACAUUUUAACAACUUGAGCAGAAGUCAUCAUCAGAGUGAGGUGAAGGGUUGUUGUUGGUCAAAUGUACAAAGUCCAGAUUAAGUGAAUUGAUUGGAGUGAAUUAAUUGGUCAGUACAGCAGACUUUGUGAUCCCAACACCAUAUCUCACACAAUGUGAUGAGUAUCUCUACCUGCACAACAUUUCCUUAUAAAUUUGGCAGAGAGUUUUUUUUGUCUAUCAAAAAAGCACCCUUCUCAAUUUAAGUUUCUUUCAUCUAUUGAUUAUAUAUUUAUUUGCUGUUUAUUUCCAAGAAUUUGUUUUUUUUUCAUUUGGGAAAUUUGCCUCGCUUUUCAAACUUCUCGUAACUUGUUUGCCUAAUAACUUAAGGCAUUUGUAUUAAGUAAUUACAUUUGAUCACUUCUAGAGGUGGAAUAUUUAAUCAUAUUUGAGAGUUUGCAGUUUGACAAGGAAUGAUAAACCUUGAAUGGUGUGCAUGAAAGACAAUUUUUUCAACUAUAACCAGCUUCAACUCUUUAACUUCCAAAAGUGAUUAACGAGUAAACUUCUCCCAAUCAUACCAGUACAUUAUUCCGCAAAAAGGCAAUGAGAAUACCUCAACUUAUCAGGUAGAGUUUGUUAUCUUGAUCUAACACUAAAUUCUCGCAACAAUUUUAGGAGGAAAUGUUCUAGAAGCUAGAGGGGAGAGUUAACAAUCAGAUCUUGGGAGUUGAAGGGUUAACGAACUAUAGGAAGCCUCACAUACCUCUUGCUACCGUUAUUGUCAAUCUAAAGAGCACUUUUUCAGCAAUAUUUUGAAUAGGAUACCCAAUAUCUAUUCAGUAGUCUUACCCGCGAAAGCAGAACCAAUGAUACCAGCUUCGAGGCGAAUUCCAAUUUCUCGGUUUUGACGCGUUGAAACGUCCCCUGUUGAUUUACCAGCUUUUGUGCACCGAAAUAUUGUUUCUCCGUGAACUGUCCGUUUGAUUUGACAGGAAAUUUUACCAGAAAGGUCGAAAAGUCAUCACCCAUUGCCGCCAUUUUGUUUUUUCUCACAACAGCCAUAAAUGGACAUAAUGCCAAUCCACUCGCCAAAUAUGGAAAAUAUCAAAAAACACCAAAGGGGGUGGGUUGGGGUGGAACUGUUUCAAUCUUGUUUUUCAUCUCUAUUGCCACGACGGAAAAAGUAAAAAACUGGAAGAUCAUGAUAAAAGAAGGCAAGAUGAAUUCAAUAAAACCAAUUCAAAAGCAAAAAUUGAAAGAAAGAAUAUAUUUUCAUUUCCUUGUUUAUCGGGAAUACUUCGUUGCAUUUCAAGAGUGCAGUUGUUCGUAGAGUUUUAAAAGUGUUCGACAGCAUCUGUUUUGGCAGAUAUGUGAUCCUUCUUCCAACUCCACAGGGACUCCACAGAAAGCUCACUAAAUCUUGGUUGCUCAAUAAAAAAUUCACUCAAAAAGCUCGCUGGUAGGACUCUCGUGGCGUCCUCUGCAUCUUCGAGAAGACUCUUGCGUUUACCGCGAAUACUCCGUUGCAUUUCAAAAGUGUAGUAAUGAUUCUCUAAGCGCUUCAAACUCCAAUGAACACAGACACAUUCCCUUCAUUUGAUCAGGCGCGUAGACACGCUGCAGACCGGGGCCAAACACCAUCUGCUCCGCCGCUGACCUUUCUUACACCUUGCGCACGUGCAUUAGAAGUCAGAGGGAGAUUUGCAAAAGGAAGAAACUGAAACCUUCUCAUUUUAAUACUCGGGCUCUACUGUGGACGCCCGAGAAAAAAAAAGAAAUAAAAAGGAGAAGCAAAAAUUAAAAGAAAAAUAAUCCAUACCUGGUGUAAAUUGCAUCAGAAUACAGCUUGGCUCUCUUUGAUCAUAUGUUUCCCCGCUGGCCAUAGAAGCCCCAAAAGCUAUUCGAGAGGAGUUGCUCGCAGUCUAAACUUCUUGAAUUGAAACUAAAUCAUUUUUUAAACAGCUGCAGGCUUUCUUCAUAACUUGUUUGUUUGUUUGUUUGCCUUUUUAGAGACUGGUGUUUGUACAUCGUAUGGAGACCCACAUUAUCGAACAUUCGAUGGUCAAAUGUUCAACUUUCAUGGCACUUGCCGAUACCAACUCACGUCAGACAACGCAAACUUUACCAUACGCAUGCGUAAUGAUCGGCGAUACACCAAAGUCUACGCUUGGUCCAAGGCCCUGGCGAUCCAUUUGGUUGACUCCUCGAUUGUUUUACAUAAGGACCUGCAAGUGAAAGUGAAUAAGUCGGAUGUGAAGCUACCAUACUAUCAUCUGCCUUAUUUUCAGAUAACGAAGGGUAGUUUUACCAUAACCCUUGUGUCCAACAUAGGAGUUCAGGUCCAGUGGGAUGGUAAGGGUUUCAUUGAGAUAAGAGUGCCGAAGAGUCUUAUGGGUAAAGUCGACGGGCUGUGUGGGAAUUUCAACGGUAACUCAAAAGACGACUUUAAUCUGAAAAACGGCAGGCGCGCUACGUCCGCUCAAGAAUUUGGAGAAAGUUGGUCAUUGGGUCGAAGAAAUCACGGGUGCAAGAAAGCCCCUUCAGAACCAGUGAAGUCAACGAUGUCACAAUGUCGUUUGCGGAGACUCAUUAGUGGUCGUAAACGAUGCUCUGUUAUCAAGAAGCAGUUUGCAAACUGUCACGGAAAGGUGAAGCCGGACGCAUAUUACUCGUCGUGCGUUUCGGCGGUCUGUCAGUGUACAGGAAGGCGGUGCGAGUGUGACGCUGUUCUGGCUUACAAAAACAAGUGUAAAAGCGAAGGAAUCACAGUGAACUGGGGCAGGAAUUGGAAAAGUUAUUGUGGUAAGUGUUAGAGUAAUUUCCACGCUCGUAGAGCUAUAUAGGUUUAUACAGUUCGCGUAAUGACAUACCAGACGAAAUCUUAGGUAUUCGCAAAUGCUGUCCUAAGACAGGUGCACAGAAAUAAAUGAGAUAGCACUUUGCACUCACUGCACGACAUUUAUCAAAAAAAAAUUCCAAGAUAAAUUUUGAGUUACUGUUUUCCUGCUUGUAAGGAGUCUCUUGCGCUGUCAAAGGCGCCGUCUUUGACGACUGUGCUCCUGCCUGUCAGCGGACGUGCGACAACAAGGAUGACGUAAGUGUUCCGUGUCCCAGCAGCUCUUGCGUGCCUGGUUGUCUGUGUCCGGUGGGAACUGUAUGGAACAGUCAAAGGACAAAAUGUAUUCAUCCGGAGAAAUGCCCUCCACAGGUGAGAUGGCUGCGGGGAAGAUGUGCUUAAAAGUAAACAAUCUGAUGUCGCAAAAAGAACUUGCAAACACACCAAAACCUUUCGGCAAAUCUCUCUAUUUGCUUCGCAGAAGAAAACCCAACAAGUUCUUAAUCUGAAACAUUCUCCAAGAAAAGAACGAUAACAUCUUUUUCUCACCUCCUCGAAAAAUUCUGUUUUGCAUUCGAAGUUUUAACGCCUAUGAUGUUAUUUAAACAUACUAGGUGCUUUUCGUAAAAAAGCUACCAUGAAUCAUAUCACUUUGAAUUUCGUAGACUCUUCCACCGUCAAAGAAUUGUUAAUGCUCCGUAUUACACCACUAGUACUCAAAUUUCUAAAUAUAGAAAGCAGCAUUUACCACCGCUCAGUGAAAAAACAUCGAAAUGAAACUUUCAAUCAGUGCCUUGUCUAAAAAUCAGACACAUUGAGACAAAUGAACAAUUACUAGAACGGAGAAAUUGAUAAAGGUCACGCAGUUGGUGGUGCAAAGUGCUGUGUGACAACGAUGAUGAAGGCGCUUAUGCCGUAGAAAGCAUUUAUCAUUUUCACUACCCUACGUUAUGACGCGAGUAUGUUAUCAGCUUCAAAAGACUUUUUCUAUCUGAUGAAGUUUGCCUUCAAAGUAGCAUACAUCUAUGUCACUUUCAAAUCUGGCUUGGCAGCCUGAUCGCUUACCUUCGACGUAACAACGUGUCACUCCUCUUUUCCCUUAAAGGUGGCCGGCCCUGUCGCAAUGUUGUUUUCAAAAUGGCGGCUUCCCUGAUCGAAUUUCUCACACAUCUGAAGACAUUUUUUCUAAUCGUAAGCUUACUAUUUAGAAUCUCAGAACACCUUGAUCAAUUGACUUCAAUAUACAAUGUUAAAUGGCGGAGAUAAAAAUUUAAUGCUUUUUUCAAAUCUACGUCUCUAUUAACAAUGAUAAAGUUACACAUAUUUCACUAGCCUUCAUCUAACCUUUUGUUGUAACUUGAAAAUCCAACAGCUGUCGUCCAUUCAGGGUAAACUACGAAGAGCGGCUGUGAGUUUGAAGAGGAGUCACAAGUGGAUGAUCAGACAAAUGAAGAAUAACGAUGGAAGAUAAAGAUAGUUUUAGCCGACAACAUUUGCAUUCAAUAACUCAUAUAUGAACCAGCUGGUCAGUACUUCGAUGAAACACGUGUAUGCGCGCGCAUAGUCGCAAGGAUUCGUCCAAUUCAUAUGACAGGAGAGAAAGGAGAGAUGGACGGUUUCCAUUGACUGCUCAGCAGCAACAAUAACUUUACAAAUCACACCCAUGGACUGUGAACCUAUCAACGAGACCAUACAUAUGUAACGAAGUCUAUGGUUUCACAAAUAGUUUUAAUCUUACACAUCGCUAUCAGUUGCGUAGCAUUAGUCAUCACACGCGCGUAUCGAACUAAUAUAUAUUUUUUAUCUCAAAGGAUAUAUAUUUUCUCACCGAAACCUGAGGGGUGGAUAUCAAAUCAUCCAUAGAAGAACUCCCUUCAGAACUACCCCUCCCCCUAACUCAACAUUAACCCUAACUUGUUACACUUGACUGUUGUUCAGUUAGGGGAGGGGUAGGUGCGAAGUUUCUUUGAUACUGACAUUGCUUAAUGUUGACAUUCGAAACCUCGUCAUAUCUAUAAUAAUCCUAUAAAUGACAACGUAUAUUAUUUAUGAAUCUUUAAAUUGUCUUACUCAUCUGUUGCAUCAGGCACCAAUAACUAUUAACCCGUGGUCUCAAAGAAUACCUUACAAAUAUUUUUACCAAAUAAGACUGAAAUUUUCCUUAGACUUUUAACAGUGUCAUGUAAGCAUUUGCCCUGGUUUCAACUAAAGUACAACCCAAAAUUUGAAUGUAAUUUUUAGUGAAAAAGUUUACCACAUAAAAUUUUUUCCACUUAUUAAGGAACCAAGCCUUAUACUAAAGAAAGGCUGGGGUCAUUUCAAAAGGGAUCACAAUAUGAAAUCACUUGGAAAACCUUGUCAUUAUAUCCUCUUAAAACUGGAAUUAAGACCGAUGGUAUUU